AUGGCAGAAACCACAACACCAUGGUGGUGGUGGACAACAGAUUCAACAACAACAGAGGCAGCAACCACAUCUUGGUGGGGGUGGGGAUGGACAACUGAAUCAACAACGACAGGUGCAGAAACCACAACAACAAUGUGGACAACUGAUUUCACAACCACAGAGGCAACAACCACACCGUGGUGGUGGUGGGGUUGGACUACUGAAUCAACAACGACAGAGGCAUCAACCACACGUCCAUGGUGGUGGGUUUGGACUACUGAAUCAACAACCACAGAGGGAACAACUGCAACUCCAUGGUGGUGGGGUUGGACUACUGAAUCAACAACCACAGAGGCAACAACCACACGUCCAUGGUGGUGGGUUUGGACUACUGAUUCAACAACCACAGUUGCAGAAACUACAACUUCCUCCCUGACCACAGAUGCACCAAACGCAGGUUUCUCAUGA